UACACAGCCUCCGCGAUUGCAGUGGUGUGCUCUUUCGGUUUCCUUCCACCUGGUUGUCGCCUGAUAUUCAUUCCCUCGCGGGCCGCGCGCUAGUGGUAACAGUCGGCCGACAAAAACCGGUGGUUUCCACACGUUCGCCUCAGAAGGGCAUCCGCAGAGGACCAACAGAAAUCCGCCCUAGGCCGCCGACACCAUGAAACUUACGCUGUUCACAAUAUUAGCCCUCUGUAUAAUAGCUGUCUGCAAAUCAGCCGAAGAGGAAUAUGAUUAUGAAGAAGAGGUAGCAGCGCCGGUGACGCCAGCGCCGACAAAGCCAGCAGGUGGUCGACUGGGAGGUCUUCUAUCUUCGAGGGGACGUGCCAGUAUACCAAAUGUAGGAAAAAAGAAAACACCGGCACAAUCAACGACACCGAAGCCAGUAGAACAAGCACCCGAAGAAGACGAGGUGGAAGGAGAAGACGUGGUCGAUGAAAAUGAGGAAAACGAAGCGCCCACGACGACAACCGAAUCUGCGAAGAAACUUCGGAAUAACGGUGGUGUCAGGCCUUUCAGAUCAAACGAGGAUCUUUUGGCUGCCUUGAAGAGGCGAAGAGCUCAGACAGGACCCAGUACUCAGUCACGUGAAACUGCUGCCACGCAUUCUGCAGUGGAACAUACUACAGCCAAGUCGAAAGCCACCACAAGUAAUCGUAACAAUAAUAGCAAGACCAGCGCAGGUAGCGAGGCAAAACCAUCGGGACGCGGCAGGUUCGGAGGAAGAGGAAAGACUGUUCAGGAGGAGGUCGAGGAGACUCAACGAGAGGAGGUCCAAGUAAAACCCAAAGCCAGCUCCUACCGCAGGCGCAGUUAAACCGAUCGCUAAUUCGUGAUGAUAGUUGCCUAAGCUUGUUGAUUUCUUAGAAACGCGCAUCAAUCGAAUUCGACAAUCGAUCAGCGUCCGAAAACCGUCGUCUUUCUCACAUAGUGUAUUGUAUUUUUAUAAAACAAUCUAUCUUGCCGAAUUCUUAGGUACUCAAACAGAACAAAAAGUCACUGUGACAUCAAAAUGUCUUCAAAAAAUGAUUACUAAAAAUCAUUCGAUCAGUACGAUUUAUUUGAAACGUCAUUCUGACGUUAUUGUGACUUGUUAUUAGGUCUGUGAAUAUUAAUUCGGGGCGUACUUUCGAUUUCCGUGUACGCGGAUUUUCGAUAUACAAUUAACAUUAAAUAAGAAUUGUAUAAAUACAUUCUGGACACGAGUUAUAUGGAGACAUCAUGUCUUCCUCAAAUAACGACAGCUUCGUUUGUUUACAUUUUACCGCGCGGUAUUAAAAAUAUAAACGAUCAAUAGAAAGCUAGGAAAUAUCAAUUACGUUACGACGGGUGUUAAUCGAAAGGAACAAGAUCUUCCUCUUACCUAAGGAACACAUAAAAGUUAACAAAAAAUCAAAGUUACUUUAUUUUAAUUCUUAACGUCCAAUUUUGUAACAAAAAAAUCAUCAGUUUGACUUUCAUGACGUCAAAAUAAAGUCAUUUUGACUUCCUCUUGACUCGGUGUGUUCUUUGGGUAGCCAUAUUGAGUUUCGAUCGACGCGUGCAUAAGGGAUGAUGGAGUAGUGAUGUGUACAUAGCAAAACACUGUCGUCCGUCAAGCACCUAAAUCACCUAUUGUAUAAAUGUAAAUUAAUGUGACAAUAAAGUUUCUCUGGAAAGCG